UUCAAAUGGUUUAGGAGAAAUGUACAAUUUUCGAUUAGAAUCUUUAUUACCAGCGUAUGGUAACAAUUUAUGAAGAGAGUUGUUUUAUUUUACGGGUUGUAAUGUAUGUAAUACAAAUUUUUAAAGCAUGCAUUGGAAUUUUCACUGUAUUCUGCUUUCUCUGGCAUGCUGUUUCUGGUGUUGGCGGGAGUUGCACAGCAUCGAGCGACUGUAAAAAGAAUCAAGUUUGUGUUAAAGGAGAAUAUACAGAGUGCAAAAAAUUUGCUAAUGAAGGUAUGCUAUGUACUAGUCAUCAACGUGAUAUCGAUUUUUAUGACGUUUGGCUUCAGUAUCCUCCAUGCGAUCCGAAAAAAGAUUUAGAAUGCAGGAGAAGAAGUGGACGGUAUGUGUGUGAUAAAAAGUGAGACAAAUCUCAUAGAGGAUUGAAAAAGAAUGGACUUCGAGAGGUGUGGACCAUUUCGGAAAUCAUAUUUAUACAAAUUAAAUGGAUUCGGAUGUUGAAAAAAGUUUACUCUGAGUCGAUAAAUAAAAAUUUGUAGAAAAA